CACUUUCGGUCUUUUCCGCCGGGUGCGCUGCCGUGUGACUGAACGAUUGAGGAGGUCCGGGAGGGAUCUCGGGCUGAGGAGGGCUGCCGGCCGCUAUGCAGGGGAGAGUGCGGCACGCCGACACGGGCAGGCGUUGCCCUUCGCAGCGGGACACGGGGGGCCGCCUGUCCGUGCUCCCGGGACGGUACGAUCACACCUUCCCCGACUACAGGCAGCCUGUGGAGCUCGGCUGCUUCUCCCUGGACGCUCUCCGGCGCCUCUUUAACGAUCGCAGGCAGCUGAAGUACUACCGGCCGUCCGACAAGCCGCCGAGCUUCAACCUGCGAGACGGCUUCAAAGACAGGUUUAUAAAAAGGAACGAUGACAUUAAGGAGAAACUGGAUCACAUCCUGAGGUGGAUUUUACUCAACAGGCAGACGUUCCCCGCAGCGACUGGAGAUAACAGCUCCCCAGCUGUGAAAAGUCAGUUGCACACGGACUUCAUCACGUGGAGAGGACAUCUGACAAAGAUUCUCACCACGCCUUAUGAGAACAGAGAGGGCUGGUUGAUGGCCGUGACGCUGUUUAACGGAACAUAUUACAUGAGCGAGGUGGAGACUGAGGAGGCGCGGCGCCAGAGAGAGCAGCGGACCGAACAGCAGGAGGAACUGAUGUACGGAGGCUACAAGUUUGAGCAGUACCUGUGUGCAGAUAAUCCAGACGGAAGUCCAAAUCCGGACGGAGUGGUCAACAGCAACGAAGCGUACUGUACCGUGGUCCGGACACGACUCAACAGUCACUCCCUCGUGUUCUCCGGUGAGGUGGAUUGCAAAGACAUCUCCAACCCAAGGUUAAAGCCCCCCCAGUGUUACCUGGAGCUAAAGACCAGCAGGGAGAUCUACAACGCACACCAAAAAAGGAACUUCAUUCGAUUUAAGCUCCUCAAAUGGUGGGCACAGUCUUUCUUGCCAGGAGUCCCUCGGAUCAUCGCGGGUUUUCGGGAUGAUAACAGCAUAGUGGUCUCGCUUCAGACUUUUGAAACAAUGAAGAUUCAUCAGCUGGUCAAGAACGAGCAGAACAGCUGGAAGCCUGCAGUCUGCCUCAACUUCUGUGAUGCAUUCCUAUCCUUUGUGAAGAGGGUGGUGACUCAGGACAAUCACCGGAUGGUGACACUGUUCUCCUGGGAGCCUGGCGAAGAUAUCUCAUAUUCAGUGCACUCUGAUGGUUCACACACCUUCCUCCCCGACUGGUACGUGGAAAGUGAAAUCGGACGCACAGACUCCUUGUGCGCUGUUGGUGAGAAAGCCCCAACAUCUGACUCAGCAUCGACAGGAAAGUAGGGAUGGAUUUGCCACUGUAACACUACCGUAGUUUAAUGUAGCCGAUCUGUCAGACACCUUUGUAACAAUUGCCAGGGCGACAUUGCAAACCUGUUCAGUGUUUGAGUGUUGUACAUAGUUUGGAGGUGGCACGGACUGCUCAGGCACCUCUAAGCCGACAGCCGACUCGGUCUCCCUUCUCCCCUCUGCCUUUAAACUGCAGGAACGCAGUGCUACACUUGAUGUCUUCAGGACAUCUCCCUAUCGGUCACAUCCAGUGGCCUGAACGGCAAGUGCCACUUUGGAGCAGAGCAAAUGGACAUGAGGCGUGGAACUGAGAGAUUAUUAAGACUUCUGGAAUUCCUUGAAGUCUACAAGUGUCAUCUCCGAUUAACUGGACUCAGAGAGCGCGCGCGCGCGCGCGCACACACACAAACACACACACACACACACUCACUCCUCAAUUGUACUUCAUCUUCAUCGUGCAUAAGCAGAACAACGUGGCCCCUGUCACCACACUGCUCUGGAACCAGGACAGAAAAUUGAUAUUUUUCUUUCUUUUCCCAAUAUUUUUAUUAAAUUUCAUAUACACAAAUACAGAAUUCAUAAGGAUAUUUAUUAUAAAUCAAAAUAAAAUAGCACAAAAUGCGCUAUACAUAAAUCACACUGAUACAAUCACAGUAUCCCAUAUUCAUGAUCAAUCAAAUAAAAUAAAUUGAAAUAUGAAAUACAAUAA